AUGUCUGGGUCGCUCUCUCCUACAAACUCCCUGGACCGGGAAAUACUGUCUUGCCGAAGCCUCAAUGAUGCCAUUGAAGCCAUUUCCAACCCAGCACGAUGCAGUCAAGUACAAACUACUGCAUAUUUGCUCGGGGCCAGACAAGAACUCCCCGAGUUCUUUGAUGAGGAUGUUGCAGAUGCUCAUGCCGAUAUUUGUGGUUCAACAUACAUUGUCCGUAUUCCCCAGCAUACAACUGAUCCUGACAUUGCAACCGUGUAUGUUGAUGUGGGGUUUGCCGAAAAUACCCUUCCCUCCGACGUGUUUGACUGCAUCCAUGCUUACAUGGAUAUCUCACCAGAGGACAGUGAACUUGGUUGGCAACUGUCGACUGACCGCCGUUCAGAUCCACCAGCUCAUUUGAAGACAUCUUUUGACCUCAAAAAUGCAUUCCAAUCAGCAAGAGCAAAGCGCUACUCAGGUAGGAAGGAGAAGCACGUGAAAAUAGAGAUAUUAAACCUUAAAUCUAUUUCAAAGAUUGUCAGCGCCAAGCAAGGUGGCAAAAACAGCCAUCUUUCCAAUGUUUCAGCUCAACCAAUCACCUCUCCAAGUCCAACCGUUCACAACUACAUCCAUCUCAGGGGCAAGGCAGCUGAUCAGAAUCAAUUGCUGCAUGCUGGAAUCAAAUGUCUGCAUGACAUAUACCUCAAGAUGGACAAUGAGUCAGAUGAUGAGCCGCAACUCCCCAUUUGCAACGUCCUUGAUAUUAUUGAUCCUCUCUUUCCUGCGAUGGACUUCCAUUGGUAUCUAGGCGCUUUGCACCGCCAAGGCAUCGCGUAUCUAGCUAGUGCAGUCAAUUUUGACUGCAAUUUUUACGUCAACAAGAUGAGGAUGAAGAAUGAUCGGGCUGUGGCGAGGCAAAAAGCAAAGGGUAAAAAGUUUAAGCUUCCCAGUGAAAACCCACUAUGUGUCUCUUCAUACCACCAUCAUCAUUCAAAGGAUUACCUGCAACAUAGGAAUGGUGGAUAUAUGCGCACGCCAAGUGUCAGCACUCCCUCCGAAACUCAAAUUCAGCAACUUCAGGAACGGCUCGCAGCAUAUGAAUCGCAACACAUCAAGUUCGAAGAUGAGGAUGACAUGGACAUCAAGCCCAAUGUUGAGAAGUCGAAGGGUAAAAAAUGCGAAUGCAGUAUGGAUGACACUGGUGAUUCGGAACUCUCUGUUCUUCAAGUGCAUGAUCUCGUCUUUUACAUUGCGUACUCGACGCUGAUGGUGCUCUGGCCACGUCUUGCUCUCAGUCUUGCUCUGGCCGCAUCCCGCUCUCAGAAAGUGCGUGUUCUUGUCUUUUGGCCUGCUUACCCCACGCUGAUGGUGCUCUGGCUGCGUCCUGCUCUCAGUAACGUACUCGAUGCUGAUGGUGCUCUGGCCGUGUCCCGCUCUCAUGCUCUGGCCAUGACAUGCUCUCAGAUGUGUUCCCCCAUCUUUCGUGCUCUACCAUCCAUGUCACUCAGCACUGAGCUUCCACCAUCUAUCAUCAAUGGAUUCAUGCGCACAUUGUUUCCUGGGCUCUUCACAGUGACCCGCAGGGAAACCCGUACCCGCACUGCGAGUACGGGUGCAGGUGAGAAAGAAACAUAUCACACCUGUUCUCAUCAUGCCACGCCAUAG